CACUGGAAGCGGCGUUGAUGCGGACUCUGCCGUUUUGGACCACAACAGCACUUGUUUUCUGAUAAAAGUAAAACCAACAUGGCAUUGUUAACACCUCUGUUCGCGUUUCUGUAUCAUUUGCCGCAGGUUUACAAAUGGCUACUAAAACCGUACUACAUCGCGUCGUUAUUUAUGUCUAUCGCGUUCGUGAUGAUCCGCAAAAUGCCCGGAGUCUGUGAACAUCUUUCGACGCAGCGCGAGGAUGGCAACUCGUGUGAUUUUGAUUGGAGAGAGGUGGAGAUACUGAUGUUCCUGAGUGCAAUAGUCAUGAUGAAGAACCGAAGAGCAAUUACCAUUGAGCAGCAUGUGGGCAACAUCAUCCUCUUCUGUAAAGUGGCCAACGUGAUCCUGUUCUUCAGACUGGACAUACGUUUGGGGCUUUUGUACUUGACCUUGUGUAUUGUUUUUCUGAUGACGUGCAAACCUCCUCUGUACAUGGGCCCUGAAUACAUCAAGUAUUUCAGUGAUAAAACCAUUGACGAGGAGUUGGAGAAGGACCACAGAGUGACCUGGAUUGUGGAGUUUUUUGCUAACUGGUCACCAGAGUGUCAGUCUUUCGCCUCUGUCUAUGCUGAUCUGUCCUUGAAGUAUAACUGUGCAGGUCUGAAAUUUGGCAAAGUGGACAUCGGUCGUUACGGUGAAGUAUCUAAGAAGUACAGGGUCAGCACCUCUCCUCUGUCAAAGCAGCUGCCCUCUCUGGUGCUAUUUCAAGGAGGAAAGGAGGUCAUGAGGCGCCCUCAGGUGGACAAGAAGGGACGAGCAGUGUCUUGGACCUUCACAGAGGAAAACAUCAUCCGAGAGUUUAACCUUAACGAGUUGUAUCAGAAGUCGAAGAAACUCGGAAAGACCAAAGAGAAGUUGGAGAGGCCCAGCGAGCUCGUGUUUUCCACCGUCCCGGAAGAAGAAGAACCAGAGGCUGAAACCAUCAGUGCAAUGGACACAGAGAGCAAGAAGGACAAAUAAAAAACUGCAUGCGGCUGAUGAACACUGUUGAUCACCGCUGGCCUGGAGCAGAUCGUGCUGAAGCUCAGCAUGCGGAGAGAACGCUUGUGUGUAGUUACCAACAGAAUGAUUGUUCUUUUCUUUUGUAUAACCUAUUAAUUCAAUUGCAAAAUCAGUCCAGUAAUUUAAAAAUUCCUAAUAUUAUUAUUGAUAAUCAUCAAUGAGCUGGAUACAGUACGCACAGGCAUUCAAAUCUAUCAUUUCAUACAGCGAUACUUGAUUUCUGUCAGCUGUUAUUUUUAAUCGAUAAUUAGACAUCUACCUCUACAAUGGCUUGUAAAUGUGAUCCCAGCAAGCAUAUUUUUGUACAUCUAAUCGACAUCUUGGCUAAAACAAGUCUACAUUUGGUCUGUCAGUGAAAAUCUAACAGACAUCUAACAACAGUGUAAAAAUAGACUAGUCAACAGAUUGACAGGAAUGAACGACUACAUGUGAAAUCUGUCUAUUCGACAAUGAGUCUGUUAUUGGUUUAUUGUUAAACGUCUAUUCGAUUUUUACAGACAGACCAAAUUUAGCCUGGUUUUAGCUUAGACGUAAGUGUUUGGAUGUCUUUUAGACGUCUUUUAAAUACAAAAACUGACACAUGAAUGUCUAUUAGAUGUCUGUUAGAUGUCUUUUAAACAAAAACUGAUACAUGGAUGUCUGUUAGAUGUCUUAAACACAAAAACCAAUGUAUGGAUAUCUAUUUGACGUCUUUUAAACAAAUCCAUGCAUGCAUGUAUGUCUGUCAGACAUCUUUUAAACAAAAACUGAUGCAUGGAUUUGUAUUAGACAUCUUUUAAACACAAAAACCAAUGCAAGUAUGUAUAUUAGAUGUCUGUUAGACAUCUUUUAAACAAAAACUAAUGUGUGGAUGUCUAUAAGACGUCUUUUAAACCUAAAAACUGAUGAAUGGAUGUCUAAUAGAUGUUUAUCAGAUGUCUUUUAAACCCAAAAACCAAUGCACGGAUGUCUACUAGAUGUCUAUUUGAUGUCUUUUACAC